AUGGUUCACUCCGCCGUGCUCGGUUUCCCCCGAAUUGGUGACAAGAGAGAGGUCAAAAAGGCCGUCGAAGCCUACUGGGGCGACAAGAUCUCCGAAGCCGACCUUCUGGCUGCUGCCAAGGAGGUCAGACUCUCGAACUGGCAAAGAAUCAAGGCCGCCGGUGUGGAUUUCGUUCCCAGCAACGACUUCACCCUCUACGACCAUGUCCUCGACCACUGCACCAUGUUUAACGCCGUGCCUUCGAAAUACUACGACGCCAAACUCAGCCCCUUGGACCUCAGCUUUGCCAUGGGACGAGGUCGUCAAAGGGAUGGAGUCGAUCUCCCAGCUUGCGAGAUGAACAAGUACCUCGGUACAAACUACCAUUACAUCGUCCCUGAGGUUUCCAAAGCCACCCAAUUCAAGUUGUGCCACCAAAAGCCAGUCGAUGAAUACUUGGAGGCCAAGGCUGCCGGGAUCGAAACCAGGCCAGCGAUCUUUGGCCCGCUCUCCUUCCUCCUGAUGGGCAAAACCCCUCGAUCGGGCAGCGAAGACUACGAGCCCAUCACCCUCUUGGAUCAGCUCGUGCCUGUGUACGUCGAAUUGAUCAAGAAAUUGGUCGCUGCCGGCGUCAAAUCCCUCCAGCUCGAUGAACCUGGACUUGUCUUGGACUCGGCCGACGGCCUCGGCAAAGAACUCAUUGCCACCUACACCAAGUUGGCUGAGGCCGCCCAAUCGGUCCCCAUCACCAUCACCACCUUCUUUGGAAGCGCCGAAGCCAUCCUUCCUUCGCUCGUCCAAUGCCCCGUUCAUGCCGUCCACCUCGAUCUCACCGAACGAGGCAAGCCCGAGCAGAUCAAGUUGGCCCUUGAACUACUCAAGCCCACCAAGGUCGCCCUCUCUCUCGGCUUGGUUUCCGGACGCAACGUCUGGAAAAAUGACAUGGGCAAAUCACUCAGCAUCAUCAAGGAAGCCAUCUCAGCCCUCGGUGAGGACCGGGUCAUCGUUGCCACAUCCUCCUCCUUGCUCCACACCCCGAUCUCUCUGGCCGGUGAGAUCAAGAUGCCCGCAGACCAGAAGGAUUGGUUCUCAUUUGCCCUCGAGAAGUGCGAGGAAGUGAGCACUUUGGCCAAGGCUGUCUCAUCCAACGUCGACGAGGCCGUCAAGCAAAAGCUCGAAGCCAACGCAGUCUCCAUCAAAAAGAGACGUGACUUUGAGGCUCAAAGUGAUGCCUCCGUUCGUGAACGACUCGCCAAGGUUACCCCGGAGAUGUACAACCGAAAGAGCCCAUUCGCCCAGCGUCGUGCCGCUCAAAGCGCAGUCGUCAAGCUCCCCAAGUUCCCCACUACCACCAUCGGCUCCUUCCCCCAAACCAAAGAGAUCCGAGUCGCUCGUUCCAAAUUCACCAAGGGCGAGAUCACCGCCAAGGAGUAUGACGACUUCAUCGCCAAGGAAAUCGAACACGUCGUCCGAUUCCAGGAAUCUUGCGGCCUCGACUUGUUGGUCCACGGUGAAGCCGAAAGAAACGACAUGGUCAUGUACUUUGGUGAACAAUUGAAAGGAUUCGUCUUCACUGAGAACGCAUGGGUCCAAUCCUAUGGCUCCCGUUACGUCCGACCUCCAAUCAUCGUUGCGGAUGUUGCUCGACCCUCAGCAAUGACCACCAGAUGGUCCUCAUACGCUCAGUCCCUGUCCAAGCUCCCUGUCAAGGGAAUGCUCACUGGUCCUGUGACUAUUUUGGCCUGGUCUUUCCCGCGUGUGGAUGUGUCCCGAGAAGUCCAAUCCCGACAAUUGGCCCUUGCGCUCCGUGAUGAAGUGUGUGACCUCGAGAAGGCCGGCAUCUUUGCCAUCCAAGUCGACGAGCCCGCGAUCCGAGAGGGCAUGCCCCUCCGAAAGUCUGACUGGGACGAAUACCUCCACUGGGCUGUCGACAGCUUCAAGUUGGCCACUGCUGGUGUCGAGGACCGUACCCAAACCCACUCUCACUUCUGUUACUCGGACUUCAACGAGAUCAUGGCCCACAUCGCUCGAUUGGAUGCCGAUGUCAUCUCGAUCGAGGCCAGCAAAUCGGACCACAAACUUUUGAAGGUUUUCGCCUCGGUUGAUUACUCCAACCAAAUUGGCCCUGGUGUCUACGAUAUCCACUCUCCUCGAGUUCCCUCCCAACAAGAGAUCCAACAGAAGAUCGCGGAUACCUUGAAGGCCGUUAACCCGAGCUUGCUCUUCAUCAACCCUGACUGUGGUUUGAAAACCCGUGCUUGGCCCGAGACCGAGGCUGCUUUGAAGAACAUGGUUGCUGCCGCUAAAUGGGCCCGUGAAACUUACAAGGAUUAG